UUUUGUGGGAGACGCAGCGGCUGCGGACCGUGUGUGUUGCUAACGGAGGAGACGAGCAGACAGCUACUAAAACCAUGAGGCCGCUUUUACUCGGAGUGCUGGGCUGCUCCCUGGUCCUGUCCGUCCAAGCCUUUUACUCCGCCAGUGAUGAUGUUAUUGAGCUCACCCCCUCCAACUUCAACAGGGAGGUGAUCCAGAGCGACAGUCUGUGGCUGAUUGAGUUUUACGCUCCCUGGUGUGGCCACUGUCAAAAUCUGACUCCGGAUUGGAAGAAGGCAGCCACUGCCCUCAAGGGUAUCGUCAAGAUCGGUGCCGUAGAUGCAGACCAGCACAAAUCCCUGGGCGGUCAGUAUGGCGUCAGAGGUUUCCCCACCAUCAAGAUCUUCGGCGCCAAUAAGAACAAGCCAGAGGAGUACCAAGGCGGUCGCAGUAGCCAGGCCAUCGUGGACGGAGCCAUGAACGCUUUGCGCGCUCUGGUGAAGGAGAGGCUGAGCGGCAAGUCUGGCGGCUCCGGCUACAGCAAACAGCAGCAGAGCAGUGGGGGCGGCGGCGGCAGCAAGAAGGAUGUGGUCGAGCUCACUGAUGACAACUUUGACAAGAUGGUGCUGGAGAGUGAUGACGUGUGGAUGGUGGAGUUCUUCGCGCCCUGGUGUGGACACUGCAAAAACCUGGAGCCUGAGUGGGCAGCUGCAGCCACAGCUGUCAAGGAGCAGACCAAGGGCAAAGUUCGCCUCGGAGCCAUGGACGCUACCGUGCACCAGGCUGUGUCCAGCCGCUACGGGAUCCGAGGAUUUCCCACCAUCAAGAUUUUCCGCAAAGGCGAGGAGCCCGAAGACUACCAAGGAGGUCGCUCCCGUGGCGACAUCAUCGAGAAGGGUUUGGAUCUGUUCUCUGACAACGCCCCUCCUCCUGAGCUGCUGGAGAUCCUCAAUGAAGACAUCUUGAAGAAGACCUGUGAGGACAGUCAGUUGUGUGUAAUUGCUGUCCUGCCACACAUCCUGGACACAGGUGCUGCAGGUAGAAACAGCUACCUGGAGGUGAUGAUGAAGUUGUCUGAGAAGUACAAGAAGAAGAUGUGGGGCUGGCUGUGGACUGAGGCUGGAGCUCAGAUGGAGCUGGAGGCCUCUCUGGGUAUUGGCGGAUUCGGCUACCCUGCCAUGGCCGCCAUCAACACCCGCAAGAUGAAAUUUGCUCUGCUCAGGGGCUCCUUCAGUGAGACCGGCAUUCAUGAGUUCCUCAGGGAGCUUUCCGUGGGCCGUGGCUCAACUGCCACGUUGGGAGGAGGGGCCAUGCCCAAGAUUCACACUGUUGAGGCCUGGGACGGCAAAGAUGGGCAGCUUCCUGAGGAGGAGGACUACGACCUCAGUGAUAUAGACCUGGAUGAUGACUUUGACAAGGACGAGUUAUGAGCCAAGCGGGGCGGGAUUUGAUCCAGACUGUCUGGUUGGAUCUGGUCUAGUCUGGUCCUGCGCGGCCCGCCUCCCCUCUCCUGUGGACGAAUGGGAGGCCCGGUCGCCCAGUUACUGAAAUACUCCAGAAAAGACACAUGAGGGACACCUGCAGUUUCUCACGUCAUCUUUGUCAGUCUCACGGGGACAGGGGCAUUUGUCGUGUCCCCGGAGUGAACUGUGCCUCACAUACGUACCUGCUGAACGUUAGAAGCUGCAUAUUUAUACAGCCACCGCCAGCUGAGGAGAGGAGGGAGGAGGAUCUGAAUGUGGCAUUUCAGUUGUUCGUUCAAGUCUUUUUCAAACAUCCUUCCCCUCUUCAGCUACCCUCAAGCACCUAUUUUAAGAUGUGGACUAGUCAAAGUAACACUUCAAUGUCCAACCUGACGUGACCUUUUUUCUCUUUUUAAAUCAAUAAGUGUGGAUCUUGGUGUGUCCAGGACAGGGGAUACUGUGGGACUUCCUGUGUAGAUUUUUCUUACACGACUUUAUUUCAAUUGUGUGAAAACAAAAUGACAUUUUUGUUACAAAAAUAAAAAGGAAUAAAAACAA